CCCCGCCUUCUCCGCGCCGGUAGCCGCACGCCCGCAGCCCGCGGCUCAGCAGCGCUCGGGGCUCCGGGAGAGCCGUCCCAGGGGACCGGGGCUGCUGCCUCUUCCCCGCUUCUCCCAGAGCAUGGCGGCCAUCCAGAACCUACAGCUGUGGUGCAAACAGCAGUGCGAGGGCUACCGCGAUGUCAGCAUCACCAACAUGACCACCUCCUUCCGCGACGGCCUCGCCUUCUGCGCCAUCCUCCACCGGCACCGGCCCGAUCUCAUAAACUUCAGCUCCCUCAGUAAAGAAAAUGUAUAUGAGAACAACAAGCUGGCAUUUCGAGUGGCGGAGGAGGAGCUGGGGAUCCCAGCCCUGCUGGAAGCAGAGGAUAUGGUUGCUCUGAGGGUACCAGACAGGCUGAGCAUCCUCACCUAUGUAUCCCAGUAUUAUAACUACUUCCAUGGACGGUCUCCUAUUGGAGGCAUGGCUGGAAUCAAGCGUCCUUCCUCUGAACCUCAGGAGCAGCCUCUUGGGAAGAAAGCUGUUUCAGAGCCUCCUAAGCCAGUGCUUCCAAAACUACCUCCUGCCCACCCACCAGCCAGAGCUCAGCCAAAGGAAACCUCCCUAAAAGGGGUCCUGGCAGAGAGUGGGAACAUCCCCAGCAGCAGCUGUGGGGUCUGUGGGAGCCACGUGCACCUGGUGCAGCGCUGCUUGGUGGCUGGGAAGCUCUAUCACAGGAACUGCUUCAGAUGCAGGCAGUGUUGGAACGUGCUCCUUCCUGGAAGCUACAAAGCUGGGCCUGAGCCUGGUACCUUCAUCUGUACCAGCCACCAGCAGCCAGACAAUGUCCAGAUCUCUGGUCUCUGCAGCACUGGGAACAAACCUGAGAGCACCCCAGCCCCUACUGCUGCCAAGGCGUUCCAGAAAGCAGCAGAACCCAAGAAAUCAGAGCAGGUGUUGAAGAAACCCAGCCAGGAAGGCCUUACUAAUUCAACCAAGCCAUCUGUUUCAUCUUCUGGAAGCUCUGGCUUCAAAAGCAUAAAUACUUCAUGGUCCUCUUCAGCUGUAAAUAAAUCAGAUGACUGCAAAGGUACCCCACGAGGAAAUAAAACAGAUCACCAUGAGGCCCCAGCAGGGCCUCUUUGGACAACCUCCACAACAAAAAUACAGCAAGCCAGGGAAAAUUUUUUUCGGUCAUUGGAGACCUCCAGCAAUAAAACCUCUGACACUAAAAACCAAGUCCCUUCUUCUCAUGGCCUUGGUAAAACUGCCCCUGCCAGAACCAGUACUGGGCUCAGUCCAGCAAGUGCUGAGAAGGAUCAGGCACGUAACCACAUUAUACACGCUCUGGCUGGAUCAAACAUCUCUCCAAACAGGCCAGGAGGACUCAGUUCCAUUGGCACCUCAGUGUCCAGCAGUGGCAAGUUUUCUCCCCUCAGUUCUCAGUGGCAGAGUCCAGCUCCAAAAGCACAGCCCAGCAAAACAGGGUAUAUAGCACUAAAACAGGAAAAGAUUACAGACCCUCUGCCCAAGAGCCAGAAUGCCAGCAAACCUCUUGAUUCUGUGCACAAGUCAGCGUCAAAAGGCAUCAAAGGAAGCCUGGCUGUUGGUGAAGACAAGUCUGAGAGCCCAGCAGAGUGGAGAUCUCUGUUGAAGCCUGCAGCCAACAAAGACCAAGGUGGCUCUAAGAAACCUACUGAUAACUCCCAGGUGGGAACAGGGAGCUCAGCACACGAGGAGAAAAAGCCAAGUCCAUUAGUUGUCCCAUCAGCAAAGCAGGACUCUGCUUCAUCUGGUGGAUUCACGAAGAAAAAGUUGAUCCCCAGCUCAGAUCUUAUCAGGAGCUGUCAGAAUUCAAUGCAAGGCUGGGAAGACCCUAGGGGCUCUGCCAAGAAGGAGGAAGAGGGCAACCAGUUGAAGAAAAGCACUACCACAUUUAAACCCUCUGUUCCAAAAAGCAUCCAGACCCCUGAAGCAGUGUCACCAACUAAGCUGCACCCAGACUACCUUCCUGAGGAGGAAAUCCAGAAGAAGGUGUGUGAGAUCGAGAAGCAACUGGAUGAGCUGGAACUGAAAGGAGUGGAUCUGGAGAAGCAGCUGCGUGACUGUGAGGGAGAUGAGUCUGAGGAUGCCCUCAUGGUGGAUUGGUUCAAACUGAUCCAUGAGAAGCAGCUGCUGCUCAGACAGGAAUCGGAGCUCAUGUACAAGAUGAAACAGCAGAAGUUGGAGGAGCAGCAGUGGAACAUUGAGACAGAGUUGCGACACCUCAUGAGCAAGCCAGAGGAUUUGAAGACACUCAGGGAGAGAGAGAGAGAAAAGGAGCUGCUGGAGUCCUACCUGAACACAGUCAAUGAUCGGAAUGAUAUCGUGGAGUGCCUGGAUGAGGACAGACUCAGAGAACAAGAGGAGGAUCAGGUGUUGGCAGACAUGAUCCAGAGGUUUGACGGAUCUCUUGAGAGCCAGGAGUCAGAGAAGAAGAAGAACAACAAGUUCCGUUUGUCCAAAAUAUGGAAGCAGAAAAAUAAGAGUAAAGUGCAGGAGUGAUGUUCCCCUGCCCAGCAUCUGAGAGUGGGAUCAAAGGAACGUUCCAUCUUCACUGCUGCUUGCCUGAAAUUGUGCAGGACUGUGGGGCAGCUCCUCUGCUUUCUGACAUGGAGACUGUAGGUUUGUGAACCAAAGAGACAGAGUAAGCAUGGAACUUGAGGGCACUUUUUUGCAGAAGAUUGACUUUUAAGACUGUUUUCUUUCUUUGGAUCUAGUUCAAGAGCUGACUUCAGCCUUGUUGGCAGCUCAGGAGGGCAGAGCUUGAUUUGCCCAUCCUCUGCUUGAGUCAUUACAGUCCUGAAUGUGGGAGCAUGGCACUGCAUGUCACCCUGCAGUGUCCCCCUCAUGCCAUCCAGGGCUGUGCCAAGCACACUGCAUUGGUGUGAAAGAGCAGCUCUCCCUUCCUUCCUCUCUCCCUCCCUGUGUUUGAAGUGGCUCUGUCCAGGAUCAGUGACACAAAGAGGGAGGCGCUAUGGGGCAUGAGACAUAAAGGGCCUCUCCCCUAUCCCAGACUGCAGCUGCAGGCAGGCAGAGAGCAGAACCAUCUCCCUCUCCAUGGGGAGGGAUGUCCUAGACCCAGAGAGGUUUCAGUGACAGUGCUGGGUCCAAGACCUCCUUUUGGGAGUUGUUGUAGGCUGGUUUCUCAAAGCCAUGAGGGGUUGUUCACUGCUUCAUUCCCUCUAUGGGGGAGAUUUUUAGCUUCUUUAUUUCUCUAACUGCACAGCAAAGCAUUGUAGCCCAUCCUGCUGAAAAUUAACAGAAGUCUUCUUUUAACAGCUAGGUGCUAACUUGGAGCAGAAGGGAAUUCCUGGGUUUGCCUCACCCCUAUGUCUUCUGCAUGGGACCAACACCUCAAUUCCUGAGGCUCUGUCCCUGGGGUGCCAGCGCCCUUGGAAGGUGCUACCGUUCCCCUGAGUGGGACACAGGAGUAUAUGAGCAGGUCCUGGGCUGAUGGCAGUGUCUUUCCACUCUUCCCUCAGUCCAGUGACUGUAGCCAGACACCUGCCCUGUGUGCCAGCAUCCUCCCUUCCCAGUAAAGCUGCGUAGCGGGGUUGGAGUCAGGCAGGGAAAGAUCCCAUUGAUUCCUGAUGCCUCUAGCACUUCUAUGUGUGGCUUUCCCUCCUCUCUCCAAGCCAGGGCCUAUGAGAUUUCUCCGGGUCGUCUUUUCCACCAGGGUCUGGGUCUUUGCUGGGAGUUUUGGUGGCCGCGGUGCGCGGUGGAAAAUCGGAGGCGAUGCGUCCCUGCCCCACGAGGUGGCAGUGGGACUCUCUGUCCCAGGCAGCCCGCCCGGAGCACCGCAGGAGCGUUCUCCGUGAGGUACCAAGUGCCCGAGGAGGUUCCUGGUGCCCAGAGCGUGUGCCGUGUGUGUGCAUCUCCUGGGUCACCCCUGAGCUGCAUAUGCUGUUGUCCAAUAAAGA